UGGCUCAGCUGUCCUGAAACCUUUUUGCUCGAUGUGAAGUUAAAACUUAUAAAUACUUUUUCGCGGUAGAAAAGGACAAUUGGUCGCGUCAUCGUUUUCAAGUAGAAAGUAUAUUUUGUUAUUUGUGAGUUUAUUUGUAACAGAACUUCUGCUUUUUUCUGCAGUUUGCUCGUUUUUAUCUCGUAAUCCCGCAUCAGAAAAAAUGGACGCGACAAUAAAGCUCCCACAGGCCCUCAAAGCUAAGCUGAUGCUAUGGACGGAUGCAAGCUUCCACGACAUGGAGGAGAUCGACAACACGCAGUCUGUUCCUGACCUGGAAAGAGUUUUAUGCAGAGUGUUUGGAGUUGACCUCGCUGAACCUAAAAGAGGAGUUGUGCUGGAGCUGUAUGUGCAGACUGUGCUCUUUUGCAGGAAGUGCAGCUUCAAUAAGGAACAAACUUCUGCUGUUCUGUCCAUCAUCAAGUCCGUCCACGAGGCUAACAUAGAAACACCACUCAACAACAUAGAACAGUGUUUCAGUUACUGCAAAGAGCUUCUGCUCUGCCACUCUGUCAGGCGACCCCCCUUCAGUAUCAACCUCUUCGGCUCUAAGGAGGCUGACUUUAUCCUGAAGUACAUCUACAACAGCUACAUGAGACACUACAAACUUUAUAAAUAUAUCUUUACCCCACAGGUUAAACUUGAUUUGUCACUGACUUACUCUGAUGAGGAUUCUUUAGCUACAGAAGGAGCAGAAGCUUCACUGAAGAAAGAGGAUUCCACUGACACACAGGACACGUCCCUCACAGAGCCAGAGGAAAGCAUGCUCGGUCCCACAUCAGAACUGAAGGCAAUGAUCGAGACAGAAGUCAGAGAGCAGAUGAUGCGUGUGUCAGUACAACUUGACAAGAGAAUGAAGGAAAUUGCAGAUCAGCAGCACAACACAUUAGAUUCUCCACACCCCAACCACAAGACCAAAAAAUAACAGAUGAUAAAAGGGACAGCCAGAAUGUUGAUUUAAAUGAAGCACUCAUACAAAACCACAUAGUU